UGUGUGUGAGACAGUGAGAGAGAGAGAAACAGCACACAUCUUUAUUCUGAAGCAGAGCGGGCUGCAGUAAGGCUGCACAACAGUGGACCCCCCCCCCCCUACAGACAGAAGACACAAACAGGUGCUGGAUUGUUCAAGCCAUUUGAAACAUGUCUGACUGACAUCUGUUAGAGCUAUGGACUGGGAGAAGUUCUUGAACCGAUCUGGGAUGAACUCUUUUACUCCAGCCUCUUCUUCAGCUCCAUCCAUGUCUGACUCCACCUUCUCUUCCUCCUACAGCAACUCUUCUCACCCCCUCUUGUUCACCUCCUCGCUCUCAGCUCCUUCCUUUUCUGGCUUGGAGCUUCUCUCUGACCUAAGGCUUGUCUUCAUCCCUCUCUACUCGGCUGUGGUCCUGGUCGCCUGCUCUGGCAACCUCCUCUUGCUCUUUCUCAUCUGGCACAACAAGAAAAGACACAACACCACAAACUUCCUCAUCAGCAACCUGGCACUCGUUGACCUGGUCAUGUGCGUCUUCUGUGUCCCUUUGACUGCAUCCUAUGCUUUUGACCAACGGGGAUGGGUAUUUGGCCCCCACAUGUGUCACUUUGUCACUGUUAUGCAGUCUGCAGCUGUCUAUGCAGCUGUUUUGUCCCUCAUGGCCAUUGCAGUGGAUCGUUACGUGGUUGUGGCUUAUCCCAUCCGCAAAAGAGCAGGAUGCCAGUUCUGCUGGGGUCUGGUGGCCCUGAUCUGGCUGUCCUCCCUGGCUUUAUCCACGCCUACGGCACUACACACCGUCUACCUGGAUCUCCGUGGUGCUGGGUUGCAGAUGGCCGUGUGUGAGGAGUUCUGGGAUGGCCAGGAGCGAGGCCGCCUCAUCUACUCCUGUUUCAUUCUUUUCUUCUCCUACUUUGUCCCACUGGCUGCCGUCUCCAUUUCCUACUGUGCCAUAUCCCAUCAGCUGAAGCAGAGGACCACAUCAUGCUUGACAGCAUGUCCAGAGUUGAGAUCUGCAAGGGCUGCAUGGAGCAGACGGAGGAGGAAGACCUUCUACCUGCUGCUGGUGUCUGUCCUCUGUUUCGCCUUCUCAUGGCUCCCCUUACAGGUGGUGAAUCUGAUACGUGACCUGGACACAGACUUCUCCAUCUUAGGGAAGAAUUACGUGAACAUCAUCCAGGUAUCCAGUCACCUGUUCGCCAUGAGCUCCGCCUGUUACAACCCGUUCAUUUAUGCCUCAUUGCACAACAAGUUCCUGUCCUGCCUGUGUCACCACUUCCUGUCUCGGAGAACAGGAAAUGGAAAGGACAGGGGACAAGGGUCGAGCAUCCUGACAAUGUCACACAGAGUGCCACGCCUUCACACCAGCACCACUGUGGCAGAUUUGCCAGGUGCUGCUGUAAAUAACACUGGUCCUCAAGACAAGUAUGAUUAAAUUGUUGUUUGUGCUGAAUAAACACAAAACAUGCAUCCCCUGGUGUCGUCUUCUGCUCAGGUGGAUGAAAGACUCUUCUCUUUGUCAGAUCUGACACAGGGUGUCUUCUUCACUGUAAAUGUAAAAUGAAUUUUGUCAGCCUAAAUACUGACAUACUGAGUGAAUUUAAAGCACAGCAGAGCCACAGUGUCUACAGCUGGUCAUGAUCACAAACAAAGAGUCUGCUUGACUGAAUUUAUAUGGUUUAAAUAUGGCCUGCUUUGAUUUAUAUAGAUUUAUAUAAUGAUUUAUAGUCUUAAUAAAUGUGUGGAUAUUUAUGUCCUAUUUAGCACUGAAAAUAUAUGCUGUAUUAAUAUGCUAUUAUGAGCUUAAAAUCUAUUUUACACAGUGAUCUCUUGCACCCCAAAAACACAUCAUACAUUUUACCUACAUUUUAC